UAAACAGCUGUUAAAUAUUUUGAUUUGAAGAAGAAAAAGAAAAUAGAAAAUACACUUGCUAUUUUAAUAUUAAUUUAUUUAAUAUUAAAUUAAAAUAUUUCUACACUACCACCAAACCCCAAGAGUCAUGAUAGUUUUGCGUCGUUUGGCGCCAUUUUCACAACAUUUUUGCUUAAGCCAGCGUUUUUAUGCCCGUAAAACGGUCACCACCAUCGACGCCGAUAUGAAGCAGGUUCAUCAGGAAACAUUACGUUAUAUUAAUCCGCACGCCUACAUAAAAGUCAUUUCAGAUAUUUACGUAAAGGUGUCUUCUGCCGAUCCCCACAAAUAUCCCAAUGGCGAUGCUUUAAUUGCGGAACUACACGGUGGUCCGGUAAAAAAUUGUACCGCCUCAAUGCAGGUGAAGGUAGCCGAUGAUGAAAGUAAUGUGGAAAUUAUUUUGAAAAAAUUAACAGAUGAAACGGAUUUUCAUUGUGAAUUGGCGGUGCCUAUUAAGGCGGCUCUUAAUAUAAACUCAAAACAUGGUGCAUCGGUUAAGAACACAUUUGGCGAUGAGUUGAGAGUAAAGGCGGAGAAAUUUAUCAAUACUACUAAUGUAAGAGCAGAAAAUAUAGAACUGUUGAGCGCCGAAGGAGACAUCAGUUGUAAGAAAAUACUUUUAGGAAAAAUGACGACGGUGGAAGCAAAAAAUAAAGGGAAUAUUAUACUGGACAAACUACAGGGUGAUAGUAUAACAUGUAAAACAUCUCGAGGAAAUAUAACUACCAACUGUAGCUAUGUGGAAUCAUCCAAAUUUGAAACAGACACUGGUUGUUUGGACUUAAAAAAUGUACACAAAACAUCAGCCGUUUAUUUGCAUCAAAAGGGAGACCUUAAAAUGACUGGCGUUCAUGGUAACCUAAAGGUUUUUGCCAACGAAGGAACCAUGUACUUGCAAUUAUCCGAGCUACAAGGUGAAAAUACUAUUGAGUGUAAUAAUCUCACAUCGUCCACUAUUAAUAUAUCUGAUGAUAUAGAGAAAAAUACUCAACUAGAAGUUAAUUUAAAGGGGGAUACUAAUACAUCUGCUAUAGCAUUGGAUAGCUCAUUGGAGCAUUUUUCAGCAGGUUUAUCGGAGAAUAAACAACAAUUCAAAUGGCCUUUAGAACAACAGCAGCAGCAGCAAAAUCAGUUAAAGAUUAUUAGCAAAAGUUCGUUGACUUUAGGAAAAUCAUCAUGGAUGGAAAUGAUGAGUUUACAAAUGGCCGAGAAGCAGAAAUAAUAAAUCGUAAAUAGUUGAAAUAGUUUUAAACUAUAGUUUUGUUUUGAGACUUGCUAGAUUUAGAGGCAUUACAGUAGAAUGUUUUUGUAACCAAAUUUUCGAUAUAUAAUCUUGUUUGUCAGACAAAUACUAAACAAGUCGUGUCUAAAACCUUCUAAUCUGGCAAGUACUUAAGAUUAUUAUUUUAAAAUAAAGUGCUUUUAAAAAGAA